AUGGGGCCGCAAGGCGCGCGAUCACCACUGGUGCGCUGGCGCAGCUUGCCUUCGAAGUGCUGCACGGCGCCGACCCGCUUCUGCUUCCGAUGCGCGGCGAGACUCUUCACGUGCCUCCUCUGCCCGUCUCCUGGCGCCUGCCGAUGUGGGCGGAGUGGGGCAGCGGCCCGCCACGGAGUGCGGAGGGUAUGCGGCUUCCGCUUUCAGGCACCACCGGUCGGAUGCCGGCGAUUGCGGUCGUUGUCAGCCACCGCUGGCACGGCCGCAUGUGGUGGCUGUCGGAGCUGUCUCACUAUUAUCCAGUGCACAACUACGGCCGAUGCGUCAUACCGUCACCCGCGCCGUUGCCCGGCGACGCAACACCGACGCGCAGCAUCCCGCAGUGGGCGAAUCUCCGCUUUCCAUCCGAGUGCGUCGUCAACGCCUUGCGCCGGCACCACGACAGCGCACUUGCGUCCAUGCAAGCGACGUACGGGCAAGUCGGUGGCCGCAACGGCACCAGCAGUGCGCCACGUCCCAUGGCCCAUGUCGGGCGUGAUCACGAGCUGCGCUGUCUUCCGCAAGUGCCGCUGCGCCCUCGCCUUUGAGAACACGGUGGAGGACGACUACGUCACGGAGAAGGUGUACAAUGCCCAUGCUGUCGGGUGCGCUGCCCCGAUGUUCAUCGGGGCGAUGAACAUUGCGGAGUACGUGCCGCGCACAUCCGGCAGCGUGCCGUCGCACGGCCUCUCCGUCAUCCCGGUGCUGCAGAUGUUCCCCAUCCUGAGUGAGACAGCGUGGCGGACGGAGGAGCGCCGCGUGCUGGACCUGCUCGAGGAGGACGAGGCGGCGUCGAGGCACAUCUUGCGCACGCAUGCGGCGGUGCUGCGGGCGCGCUCGGCGUCCGCGCAUUGUGCGGACGAGACGACAGGCAUGACCGCCAAGCGCAGCGACGGCGCCGUUCGGAUGGCCGAGACAGUGGCGAUGGCUCUGGAGGAGGUCUGCUGCGCAGACGUCGCAUGCUGUCGCGGACCAUCACCAUUUUCUCUACCCCUCCAGAGAGGCCGCCGUACCAGCUGUGCCGAUGGCCGACAACAACGAGUUGCCGCGGGCCGUGCCGCACGGUGCCGGUCACUUGGGCAACUGCAGUUUAGGCUCUGGCGCCGCUGUGCAGCCGUUCACGUCCCCGACCGGGGUGUGGCCGCCUGCGUCGGCGCCAGCGCACCUCUUCCUACCCGACGAGGAGACGAUCGUGGCUGCCGACAAGAGCGGCAGUGA